CUAGCCAUUGCAGAUAGAGACAAUUUGCAGAUCUGGUCAGAUCUGAUAAUUUAAAUAUGAUCAUGUAUCUCGGCAGAUCUAAUUCCUUUUUCCCGGGAUAUAUAUUUUUUAUCUUUUAGGUGUUUUGUCACCUAAUGGUUACUGCAGACCUUUCGAUGUCGCUGCAAACGGUUAUUCACGUAGCGAAACAAUGGGAGUGAUAUACCUCCAAAAAGCAAAGAAUGCGAAAAGAAUUUAUGCUAUAUGUCCGCAUAUUAAGACAAACAGCGAUGGUUACAAAGAAGAAGGAAUAACAUAUCCAUCGAUGCUUGUGCAAAGUACUUUGCUAAUGGAAUUUUACAAUGAGUGCGGAAUACCGACAUCUUGCAUAGAUUACAUUGAAACACAUGGUACCGCCACCAAAGUCGGCGAUCCUCAGGAAAUCAAUGCUAUUCAUAAUGUUUUGUGUAAGAAUAGAAAAACUCCAUUAAUGAUCGGCUCUGUAAAAUCCAAUCUUGGUCAUGCUGAAGCAGCAAGUGGUUUUUCUCAGAUCGCCAAGGUAAUAAUAGCAUUCGAAACUGGCUUUGUUCCACCAAAUAUUAAUUUUACAUCACCACGAACUGAUAUAGAUGCCUUGAAAAAUGGAACUGUUCGUGUCAUCAAAGAAUCAAUACCACUUAAAAACGGUUACAUAGGUAUCAAUUCUUUUGGUUUCGGGGGAUCUAAUGUACACACGUUAUUAAAGUGGAACAUUAAACCAAAAGUUAACAAUGGAACACCGAGUGAUGGCUUGUCAAGACUUGUAAUAUUAUCUGGGAGCACUAAAGAAUCAGUGAAGUUGUUUUUAAAUGACGUCGCUAAUCGUCCGAUAAAUAUAGAAUAUAUUCGUUUACUACACGACGUCCAUGCGGACAGUAUAGACGGUCAUCGAUGGAGAGGAUUUACUAUACUGAAUACCUUGCAACAAGAUUCAAUGAAGGAAGUUCAAUAUUGUGAAAAUGCGAAAAGACCUGUUUGGUUUAUAUUUUCUGCUUUAGGCUCGCAAUGGCCAGGAAUGGGUCGAAAUUUAUUAAAAUUUCGCGUCUUUGCAAAUGCUAUACGAAUGUGCGAUGUCACUUUAAAACCAUAUGAUAUAAGUGUCACGGAUAUUUUGACGAAAACAGACGAAAAAGUGUGCGAAGACGCGUUGCAUGCGUUUGUUGGCAUUGUCGCUAUUCAGAUCGGCUUAGUAGAUCUUCUAACAUCAUUAGGAAUGAUUCCGGAUUAUAUGAUUAGUCACUCUGCUAGUGAACUUGGUUGCGCGUAUGCCGAUGGAUGUCUCACUACUGAACAAGCCAUUUUAUCAGCAUAUUUUAUUGGUUUGGCGUGUGCUGAAGGAAAAAUAAUUCGUAGCUCUAUGGCAAUUGUCAGUCUUGAUUACAAGUGCCUCAAAAACAUGUGUCCAGUGGAUAUUGAAAUAAUAUGCCGCAACAGCGAGAACUGUAACGUUGUGAGUGGGCCCACAGAAUCCAUGCAAGAAUUUAUGAAAAAAUUACAGAUUAAUAAUAUUCACGUAAAAGAGAUACACUGCAACGUACCGUAUCACAGUUCUCAUCUCGAAUCUGUGGAAAUUCAACUUUUGCUUAAUUUAAACAAAGUAAUAUCACGGCCAAAGAAACGGAGUCCAAAGUGGGUCAGCACUUCCAUACCUCGCACCGAAUGGUUCACCUCAGCGUCAAAAUUGUCAUCGGCGGACUAUCAUACACAUAGUAUAUUAAGUACCGUUUUAUUUGAACAAACAACGCAUCUAAUUCCAAGUAACGCAGUUACCAUCGAAAUCGCACCACACGCCGUUCUGCAGCACGUUCUAAAAGAAUCUUUGCAUCCAGAAGUGACGAACGUUGUAUUAAAUCGACGCAUUGAACAAAAUAUCAAUGUAAUUUUGCAAGGAAUUGGAAGGCUCUAUAACUGUGGCUUACAGCCGAAAAUUGCUAAUUUAUACCCGCCAGUGGAAUUUCCUGUUAGUCGAGGAACUCCUAUGAUUUCCCCAUCGAUCAGGUACAAGAUAUUAUUUGAAUUUCGCAAUAAAAAUGUUACCUACAUAAGAAAAAAAAUAUAUGCACUACCUAUCGUUCAAAAGUUUGGAAGCAUUACUUUCUUAAGAAAAACAAUAGUGGUGUCAAUACUUCUAAAGAAAAAACGUCAUGUAUGAAAAACUUUACUGUGUGUU